AUGGUUUUCAACAGCUCUUCGCCCUACCCCGAGGGCGUCAUCUCCUUCCUCGACACCGACCUUUACAAGUUGACCAUGCAAUGCGCGGUCUUCAAGUUCUUCAAGGAUGUACCAGUAACAUAUGCCUACACGAACCGAACCCCCGACAAGAAGCUGUCCCGAACUGCUUUCAAGUGGCUUGAGGAGCAGAUUGGAAAGCUCGGAAAUAUCUCGCUCUCCACCGACGAAUACCUCUUCCUAAAGAAACACUGCGAUUACCUCUCCGAAGACUACCUCAACUUCCUCAAGGAGUUCCGCUUGAGCCCCCGAGAGCAAGUUGUUGCGACCUUCACUCCCGUUGGCGAGGACACUGGAGAUGACUCAAUUGUUGGAGAUGUUGACAUUCAGAUUAAGGGAACUUGGGUCGACACGAUUCUCUACGAAAUUCCCAUGCUUGCGUUGACCUCGGAGGCAUACUUCAAGUUUAUGGACACUGAUUGGAACUAUGAGGGCCAAGAGAAGCAGGCGUUCGACAAGGGACUCCAAUUGCUCGAGGCAGGAUGCGUCACAUCCGAGUUUGGCACACGACGACGUCGCGAUUACCACACCCAGGCUCUUGUCUUCAGAGGUCUGGUCCAGGCUUCCAAGGAAGCUGAGAAGAAGGGAUUCCCUGGCAAGCUUUCUGGAACCAGUAACGUCCAUCUUGCUAUGCGCUUCAACAUUCCUCCUGUUGGAACAGUCGCUCAUGAGUGGUUCAUGGGCGUUGCUGCUAUUCUUGGUGACUACAAGCAAGCUACCGAAGUCGCGCUACGACACUGGGUGGCUUGCUUUGGUAAUAAGCUUGGUAUAGCUUUGACCGACACUUUUGGCACUCAGGAGUUCCUCCGCGCCUUUACACAGACUGUGCAGACCAUUGAGGGUGGAUUCCCAGCAGAGACCUUUAAGAGGGCUGAUGGAAGCAUGAAGACAUAUGCCGAAGCUUUUGCUGGCAUCCGACAAGAUUCUGGUGACCCUGCUGAGUACGCCAAGUGGAUGCGAGAGUUUUACGACAAGCAGGGCAUCACAGACAAGAAGUUGAUUGUCUUUUCCGACUCUCUCAACAUCGAAAGAUGCUUGGAGUACAAGAAGGUCGCUGAUGACCUCGGUUUCCAACCCACAUUCGGUGUUGGCACAUACCUUACUAACGACUUUACUAACACCAAGACUGGCAAGAAGUCAGUACCCUUGAACAUUGUUAUCAAGAUCAGCUCGGCGGCGGGCAAUCCAGCUGUUAAGAUCAGUGACAACGCUGGAAAGAACACUGGCGAUAAAGAAACCGUCGAGAAGGUCAAGAGAGAGCUUGGAUAUGUUGAGCGUGAGUGGAAAGAGGGCGACGAAACCUCCCGAUGGGGCAAGGCGUAA